AUGAGCAUAAAUUCACAGAAGAUGACGGCUUUGGACCAGGUGUCAGCCCCGCCAUCACCAUCAGCAUCAUCAACAAGUCCGAAGAGGCUGGAUCACGCAGCCACUCUGGGGAAAAGACCCAAUAGCGAGAUUCGGAAGGAGCAAAACCGGGUUUCAGCUCAAAGGUACCGGCUUAGGAGAAAGCAGCGGCUCUCUCUACUCAACCAACUCCUUGAUUAUCCAGAGACGGCUGAAAAUCAAUCAUCUACGCCGAAGUCGGACUUCUGUUCAGAUUAUACGAAAACAAUUGCAACUACUGCCGAGCCUAGUAUCAGUACUCUCCAAAAUGUGGCAGUCCCUGAUUUCGGACUAGGACACCUCGAUGGGGGCGUUGAUAGCUUUGAAACAUGUGAAAAUCACGUCGUCCAGCAUUUCCCAUUCCCAUCAACUGAAAGAGCUUUGUUUGAGGCAGGCACCGAUCAAAUCGCACCAUAUUCGUCCUGGGCCUCGCUCUCCGAAACGUUAGAACCCUCAUUCAUCCAACAGCCACCGUCCUCAAUACUUAGAAUGCCUGCUCCAUCUCUAAACGAAAAUAUCCAAGGCGGACAGCAAAAUAGCCCAUCAAAAAAUUCAGUUCCCGACGAAUAUCCGACAGCUGAUCAAGUAUCUACUGUUCUUGGUAUCAUCCAACGCUUGCCCUGGUCUCAAAAACGCCAGAUAUUGAGUACACUACUAGUUGAGGCUGACGAUGAGAUUGGCAAAAGCACUGAAUCCCAGCAACUAUUUCAAUCCAUCCCAUUUUCAUCAGUGGAUCACAUUGAAUCUCCUGACUCUCUAAGACUACUAAUUCGAAUAAAGAGAGAAGUCCGGAUAUUUGAGGCCAAGCUUAAGAAUACUCUAGCUUGCCACUCUUCCCUGCCCGACCCAAGAGUGAAUCUAAUCAGAGUCAUCCACUCCAACUUCUACCAAGCUAUUCUUGCAAACUCGGAGGCCAUCGGUCUCUUCAACUGUGAAGUUCUCAAGGACGACGGUCUUUCGCCGUUCAGCAUUGACCAUGGAAAGGGAUAUCCACAGGAUCAACUUGAAGCCGCUCGCGAUCGGUUUACGGCUCGUGUACCGCCGGGUUUGGCACCUUGUGAUGCGCAGCUGAAACAUGCACACCAUCCUUACCUCGACAUUAUCCCCUUUCGUGAAUUUCGGGAGAGGGCUGUGACCGCAUUGGCAUGUGACCCCCCUCUAUUUUGCGAGGAGAUGAUGUGUCAUGACAUGGAUGCCGAGGGUUUGGUAUGCUGGGGAGGUUCGCCUGCAGACCAAGAAGGCACGGCAAGACGAGGCAUGGAGAUGGAAGUUCCAUGGGACCCUCGUAGCUGGGAGCCGAAGGGAUGGUUUCUGCAAAAGUACUGGUUCUUGGUUGGGGGAGAAGAUGGAGAAAUGCACACCAGUGCACGGCUUUGGGCUCAUCGAAGACAGUGA